AUGUGGUUUUCUCUCAAUGGCGGUCGGGAGAAAGACGUGGGCGAGCGAGAGAGCGAAGGAGCCCGACGCCCGACACCCGAGAGCCCGACGCCCGACACCCGAGAGCCCGACGCCCGACACCCGAGAGCCCGACGCCCGACACCCGAGAGCCCGACACCCGAGAGCCCGACGCCCGACACCCGAGAGCCCGACACCCUAGAGCCCGACGCCCGACACCCGAGAGCCCGACGCCCGACACCCGAGAGCCCGACGCCCGACACCCGAGAGCCCGACACCCGACACCCGACACCCGAGAGCCCGACGCCCGACACCAGAGAGCCCGACACCCUAGAGCCCGACGCCCGACACCCGAGAGCCCGACGCCCGACACCCGAGAGCCCGACACCCGACACCCGAGAGCCCGACACCCGACACCCGACACCCCCGAGAGCCCGACGCCCGACACCCGAGAGCCGACGCCCGACACCCGAGAGGCCCGACGCCCGACACCCGAGAGCCCGACGCCCGACACCCGAGAGCCCGACGCCCGACGCCCGACACCCGAGAGCCCGACGCCCGACACCCGAGAGCCCGACGCCCGACACCCGAGAGCCCGACGCCCGACACCCGAGAGCCCGACGCCCGACACCCGAGAGCCCGACGCCCGACACCCGAGAGCCCGACGCCCGACACCCGAGAGCCCGACACCCGAGAGCCCGAGGCCCGACACCCGAGAGCCCGACACCCGAGAGCCCGACGCCCGACACCCGAGAGCCCGACACCCGACACCCGAGAGCCCAACACCCGACACCCGACACCCGACACCCGAGAGCCCGACACCCGAGAGCCCGACACCCGAGAGCCCGACGCCCGACACCCGAGAGCCCGACACCCGACACCCGAGAGCCCGAGAGCCCGACACCCGAGAGCCCGACACCUAACACCCGACACCCGACACCCGACACCCCGACACCCGAGAGCCCGACACCUAACACCCGACACCCGACACCCGACACCCCGACACCCGAGAGCCCGACACCCAACACCUGA